AUGAAUACCAGUGUCCUUCUGUCGGAGCCCCUUGGGGAGCUGUUGGCACAGGGGGGCCCAGAGCAACGCCUGGCUCUGAAGGCCUCACCAGGAUUUAAUGAGUUAACUGCGUUUCUCUUCUACAACUCUCUUUUUGGGGAUGUCGCCAAUAAUCUAUAUUUCAACAAGAUGGAUAAAGCUGUGAAAAGGAUCGGAUUCUGCCCAGGACUUCAAGGACUGGGGUCCUUAUAUGAAGAGGAAGAGACUGCAGGCACGCUGUUGCACAGAGGAAAGGCCGAGGGUGGAUGCAGCAGGAAGGCGGCCACCUGCAGCCAGGGAGAGAGGCCUUCGGAGAAACCAGCCUGCCACACCUUGGACAUCCAGUCUCCAGGAAGGAGCCUGCGGAGCCGGCCGUGCAGUCGUGCAGGCGGUAGCGCUUUGCAGGCUACAACCUCUCUCCUGUGGGCCUUCUGGGUGCACACGGAGGUGGAGCCUCUUGGAGCACAGUCAUGGGCAGAGCUCUCCCGGCUCCACCUCUGCCUCCCAUCAGGGGUGAAUAAGGCGGAAGCUGAGGGGACAGUCAUAGCCAGGACAGGAAUGUCACCCCCAGCUGGCAGACAGCACUCUGAGCAGCCAGGCCUGGGAUCCUCUGACCUGCCCACUACUUCAGGAGGCCAGUGUGCUCACUGCCACCCCACGGUCUGGGGACCCUGGACUCCAAACUUAGAUGUGAAAACUGGAAGAGAAACAGGAAGUACCUCCAGGAUUCGCCUAAAUAGAUGCUGCGGUUUCCAUCAAACCACAGGCCACCCCAGUAUCUCAGUGGCUUCUAUAGGUUGUCCUGAAAGAGCCAUGAGGCCAGACACCAAUUCCACCCUCCACCUUUCUGUGUCCGUCCCAGACCAAGGCAGCCCAGCUGCUGCGCUCAGCCUUGAACACCCUCCCGACCUUGGGGCUCUGCUGCCCCACGCGGAGCCCCCAUUUCAACAGAUGCAGACAGCCCAAAGCCCCUUCCCAACAGCCCGAAGAGAAGCCCUCCUCUGAAGAGACAGCAGAGAAGCAGAGCCCCCCGGGACGUCCCCCCAGACCUCCACGUCUCCCCAGCACCCGGCGGGGGGGUGGUGCAUGCACUUCCCGUGGCUGCAGGAACAAACUGCCACACACAGGGAGGCUGAACACAGCAGAAGUCUAUUCCACACAGUCCUAGAGGCCAGAGGCAGUGACAUCAAGGUGCUGGGCGGCCGCCCUCCCAUCGGAGGCUCUGGGAAGACUCUGUUCCUUCCUCUUCCAGCUUCCACGGCUCAGGGCAGUACCCCUGCAACCUCUGCCUCCAUGGUGACAUCGCUUCCCCUCUUCUGUGUCAAAUGUCCCCCUGCGUCCCUCUUCACCAGAAUAAUCCCCUCAUCUCAAGCGCCUUAAUUUAAUCACACCUGCAAAGUGUUUGCCGCGUAAAGUAACAAUUACAGGCUCCAGAGAUUAAAA